UGUUUUAUAUUUUUAUUGAUGUUUUUUCACGAAGUCUGAGAUCAUUCCGUUGGUUCAUAUUUAUUUACAACAUGAAUGAAAAUAGGCCAUUAUUAUUGUCUUACAAUGUCGAUGAAACUGCGUCCGGCGUGGAAGUCAUAGGUCAGACUGAAGAAGCGCCGCCGUCAUACGACACCGCUAUUCGAACCCCUAAAGACAUUUUCAACAAUACAGAUAUCAUUUCGAAAUCUCACAGGAUUGGUCAAGAUCCAAACAUAAUAACCUGUCGAGUUUGCCAAAAAUCCAUCAACAUUUCCGAUAAAAAUGACCAGUUCGUUGUGAAAUGUACAUUUUGCAACGAAGCUUCGCCAAUCAAACAAGCUCCGGCUGGUAAAAAAUACGUCAGAUGCCCCUGUAAUUGUUUAUUGGUAUGUAAAGAAUCAUCCCGAAGAAUCGCUUGUCCGCGCCCUAAUUGCAAACGGAUAAUAAAUUUGGGUACUCCCAGUACACCGCCGGCACCAACGCCGGGCAUGUGUAGAGUAACAUGUCGACACUGUUCAGAACUGUUUCUAUUCAAUACUUUAACGAAUGCAUUGGCAAGAUGUCCGCGUUGUAGAAAAGUUUCGUCGGUUGGACCGGAAUUUGCCCGUGGACGUGCAACCUUUUUCCUCGUGCUAGGAUUAAUUUCACUGUCAAUUUUCGGCGUCAUAUAUUGGGUCACAUCUAGUCAUUCAGGAACCGGCGUAUUUCACUACAUUCUGUAUAUCGGGCUUUGCGUAGUGACGGCGUUGUGUUUUGCUCGAAGUAUAUACUUUUACACCAUGAAAGUGAGUGAGAUAGAAGGACCAGCGUGAUUCAAAGUUUUGAAAACGUAAAUUAUUAUUCAAACAUUCCUCACCGGAUAUAAGCUUUAUUAUUGAUGCUAAGUAGUAGUUGAUAUAAUCACAUUUUUUUUUCAUUUAUAUCUGAUAUCUUUUUUUCCUUUAUCAAUUUAUAUCGUAGAUUAUGUAAAUUUGUACCGGUAUCUAUGAAUACUUAUUUCACCAAGUCGCCUCCUCAAAUUUAUCAUAAUUAUUUGUUAAUUUUUAACUUACUUUGUGAUACUAUUAUUUUUUUAAGCUAAAUAAUAAAAAUAUGUUUUACCAUGUUUUUUUCGUCUAGUUUGUAUUUUUUUUUUCUAAGUACGUACGAUUUAUUUGUUACGCGAUGGCUAUUAUAUCUAAUAUUUUGAUGGAAAACGAAGAAAAUAUUGACCAUGGUUACUCAUCAGUCAUCAUACACCUUGGUCAACAGCUGAGAAUAUUUUUAAAACGUAAAAAUUCAAGUACCUCGACAAUAUAGUACAAGUUGCUAACACGGUAUUUUCUAAGAUUGAAAUUAUCAUUAUCUCAGAGAUUUAUUACCAAAUUAUAAUUUCUUUCAUUUCAAUAAAAAACUUCGUAAACGUA